UCACCCUACGCAGCCACGCGUCCUCCCUAUUGCGCAAUUAGAUCUCAUGACCCCACCGUCCGUCAAUGGCAGCCCAGUCGCUCCUCACGAGCAGGAACCUGUAACACUACUCACCAGCAUAUUUCCGAAACUCGCCGCACUGCAGGCCCUUGAUGCUGCCGCGAACUCUCCAGCGGCAUCCCACAUAGCUGUCAUGGACCCGGGGGCGACCUCACCGGCAGCUCAGCGCCUCGCAGAAGAUGUGCUAGCCGGAGCCGCCCAGCGUGAAUGCUGCGCUCUGACCUGGACACGCGACCCUCCGCAGCCGCAGACCAAUCCUUGGGCACAGCAAAUGCCUUCGGAAGGGACCUAUCAACUACAUCAUCCCACCUUGGGCACUUUCCCCAUCCAGAUCGAAGGCGACUGCUCCGUCAUUAACAAGCCAUCCACUCGACCUAUCACCGCGAUAUACGGCCACAACAUGUCGCCUACCCCUCACGCACCGCAAAAGCCCGCCUCCAUCACCAUACUCAACCCAUACAUCCUCUCGCCAUCCUCGCCCCGCGCCAACGGCUUCUCGCCUCUCCAGCCACCGCCGCGGCUCGACAGCUUGGGCCGCGACAUGCGCCCAAUAUCUAUCACACCCAGCGAAAUGAGCGUUACGCAGUUGCCCACUGCCACGGACGCCGCCCCCGAGGACGCUAUGCUCGCGCGUCUCGACUUCACUAAUGACGCGCUCAUGUUGAACCUAGGAGCGCUUACGCGCUUCGGCAACCCGUUCCUCGUGGAUGUUGCAGCCGCGGCGCUGCUGUCCGUCGCGGUGGCCGAGAGUGUCCGCAGCCGAAAGGCAAAGUCACGCGCAGGCUCGACCGAGAACUUCGCACCACCGCCAGUUCCCACCCUAGAUCCUACCAUCGCAGAGGUGUCUGACGCGAAGGCGUUCAAGGCCGCGUUUAAAGACGGGUUCAAUGCUGUCGGCGGGAAGGUCGGCGUCAAGGCCCCGGCGGAGACGCUUCGGAAAUGGAGUACCAAGUCCCGCUCGCCGUCUACGGAGCGCUCGUCUUCCUUUGACAAGGAUAUUGAGUUGGGUGACUGGUAUGGGCAGUCCAAGCUGAGCGCCAAAGUAAGCGCGAAGGAGAAGAAAAACGCUAAGAAGGAGAAGGACGGCGAGGGGCUGCCGUUUGUAGCGCGGACGGUAAUUACUGUGUUAACGUUUGCGUUCAAGGCGGCGGUGUUCGUGCUGCGGGUCGCCAUCAAGGUCGUUGCAGGGGUGGUGGUGAUGAUUACGCGGAACUUCAGUAGGCUAUGAGGUGGGAUGUAAAUAGGUGUUUCCGGUGUUCUUUUUUCUUGGUCGCUCGAUGUCGGGGCUGCGCUUCGUUCACUCUUUUCGUUUCGAUACCAUUAUGUUUUCCUUGGGGUGCUUUGGAUAGGCAGGGUAUAAGAUCAGUGCCGCUGGUGUGGCAUUAAUGGAAAUGACCG